AUGUUUUCAAGACGAGGCCAAGGUAUCAAUGGGCCAUAUGUGGAUGGGUGUGUGUGUCGAGCGUUGUGAUUUUUGACUUCCUCCUAUUCGUGUGUUGCCUUGGUUUCGUAGACUUCUGCAAGCGACGCACUGACGUCCUCGCCCAGACAUCAUUGUUGCUGUCAGUUGGCGUUAACGGCAAAUUUACGACUCCGGUACAACACACUUGCGUAUCCUUCGAAUAUGGCCUCCCUGCGCCUCGUCUUUCUUGCUGCUGUGUGCCUCGCCCUCCUCGCAGUCCCCGCGCAGAGUGGCUGCGACCCCGAAAAGCCGGACGACUGUAAAAGGAUCAUCGCGGGCGACCCCCCGGUAGACGAUGACCUGGAUGAGGAGAAUGGCAAUGUCGUCGCAGAAAAUGAAGUCCGGGGCAGCAGUAAGAAUCACUGUUUGUGAAGUCACGCGCUGACUUUGAUGGAGUGAUCGAAUUCAUCUGCUGUUUGCGGUGCUUCAGAGAUCGUUGCGGGCGUCCCUAAUUUCAAUGGUGGGACGGGGGACAUCGUCGCGGCGAAUUCUUUGUUUGUUGAGGGGCAAGCCGUGGUCGAUGGCAACAUUGUCGGCACCCGCAUUCGUGGCACCGAACUCCGCGGCACCGAAAUCAAGGGCACCAGAAGUAAGCAACAAUACCGUAUAAUGACAUGCUGCCUGUUGCGUCGAUCUGACUGCAGAGAUUACUGUGGGAUUUCCGGGGACCUCUGACCAGUUCAACACGGGGCCGGGAUUUCAGGGCAACUUGUAUGUUGAAAAUGACGCGGUUAUCGAGGGCAACAUCCGGGGCCCCCGCAUCAUCAAUGCAGGAGUACGCAUCACGUGUAAUCAGCCGAGCUGCACGGUGUCGGGUGACAACAUCUUGGCGCGAGACGGGGGUAAGCGAGUCACACAGAUUACGUGUGCCGGUACACUGCUUCCUGCAUAACACUUCUGUCUGCAUAUGUGUCUCUAGGCGUAAUUGCUUCAAGAAAUGGACAAAGACCUAACGAGUGGACUUUGCACGAUGGCGACGUGCAAGCAGCACUUAAUGUUGAGGCGGAUCGCCACGUGUUGGCGGGUGGUCGUGUUCGUGCACGCGAUGGUGUCUUCGGACAAAAUGGCGUCUUCCUCGGUCGGUCGGUGGCAGGCGCGUUCGAGGUGUUAGACAGCGAUGGCAGCAAGCAAAGGCCGGCGUCCAUGGCCGAAUGGGCAGAUAACAAUCGGUCAGUGGCAUAUGAGGCCUUCAGGCAGCUUCGUGUGCGGACCGAUGGCGACACUCGCCUCUCUCUGGCCGCCGGUGAAGUGAAGAAGAUCUUCCCGUCGGCAGUGAAGACGUUCGCAGUCCCCGUGCAUGAUGACGGGGCCGAUGAUGAGCAGGAGGCAGAGGAGAUGACCAUCGACCUGACACAACUGCUCUACACACAAUUUGCCGUCACUCAGGACAUUAUCAACGAGAAGGAAGCGACGGCCAAAACCAAUGAAGGGAUGGCCAAGACGAUUGCUGAUAUGAACGACACGAUUGAGGAAUUGAAGAAGGCUAAUGAAGCCAUAUUGGGUCGCAUCGCGCGUCUGGAGCAGUCUGCAGGUCCUAUUGAAGCGCUGCACAAGGUGGCCCAAGGUCUGAUGGCACCGUAGCUCUAGCUGCUGAGCUGAGUGAGUGAGUAUGCCUGUCUGUCUGUCUGUCUCUGUCUGUGUGUGGGCUGUACUUUACAUUUCAAGAAGAGAGCUGCGAUGUAAGAGCUGUUUGCGUCACAGCUCUUGUCUGCCUGUGUGCAGCUCUUAUGUCGGUUUUUGAAUGCAAUAAUUCUACUGUGUGUCUCUGUCUUCGUGUGUGGUGACUUUAUCCUUAUCCCCUAUGUGCGUGUUGGUUUGUGUGUGUCCGGGUGUGUGUGUCGAGCGGUGUGUGUUGUGACCUGUUCUAUGCCAUUGUGAUUUUUGACCUCGCUCUUUUCGUUUGUCAUUUGCACCGCUCCCUGCAGUGGCUGUGGGUGAGCUUUGAGUGCCGAGAGCAAGACGCUUCAGACGAAAACACUGAUCGAUUGAUGCGUGGGAUUGAUGGACGAAAGAACACGAAUCACAUGCAAGUUCGCG